UCAUCAAUCAAGAUCCUCCCUAAUCUUGUUGAAAGUUUAAUUGCGCUUUGACAUAAUUCUCUAGUUUUGAAGAAGAAAAUAGAAGUCUGGUAGCAGCCUCUCCAGCCCCUGGAAUCCCCUCUAAAAUAACUUGGAUGGGUAUUUAUAGAAUCCUAGAAACCCUAAUUAGAAUGGAUGUCGGGCUGGGCUGAAUUACUGCGCAAGAGGUCGACACUCUUCAAAAGGUGCCGGCACUUUGAGAGGAGCGUCAUCUGCAUCCUCCAUGUCGGGUUUUUGGCCUUUUGUGCAAUUUUGCUUAAUGGCAGAAUAACAGUCUUGGUCCCUGACUCUUGGAUUCCAUGCAAGUUGAUUAUCAUAUUUUUGAAGUUUGCAAUUUGCUCCUUGAUCAAGAAUGGAGAAAAUCUCACUUGAGCCUUUAAACUUCUGAUUUAUCCUUAGAUCCUCAUCUUUUCAGCUCUUUGCAUUUAAGUCCUUUUUCUUCUAAUUCUCUCCAUUUAGUCAUUAAACCUUUAAUCACCAAAAUUUUGCACAACAUGAAUAGAGUGAACAAUUAUGA